AUGCCGAAAUCGGAAGCUGCUUCAGAGCCGGGAUCUGAUCGGAAGAGACGCAAGCUUUUCAGCACGGAACCCGAAGUUAGCCAUGGUCCCUCUGACAUCAGCCAUUUUCCUUUCCUCCAACUUCCUGGCGAGCUCCGAAACCAAAUAUACGAGUACGCCCUGGCUAAGAUCGACCAUCUCGGCAGGCAUUUCAUCUGCCUCAAAGCUGUUGUGAAGAAGAAUCGCCGCGUAACCGCACGCUACUUCAUGGAAGCCGGAGAAUCCAGCGACCCAGUCCCAGCACCUAGGCUACUCGGCGUGAACAAACAGAUCCGUGGAGAAGCUACACCAAUCUUGUAUAGCGUCAACACCUUUGGCGUCAAGGGUAUGAAAGGAUUGUUGAACUUUCUUUCCCAGAUCGGCCCCUCACGAGCUUGGCUGAAAGACAUUUGGAUCCAUGAAACACACCAAUCUAGGCAUGCUUAUGCUGCGUAUAACCUCCUCGCCCAAUGCACCCGGCUCACUCACCUCAAAAUAAACUGUGACGAGCCAGACUUCUACACCGACGCAAACUCAUUCGAUUUGGCCAAGUGCUUUUAUCGAGACGCCCACCCAUGGCUUGAAGCAGUCGGCGCCGCAACGGGAGACAAGAUAGGUGCCCUUGAUAUCCUCGAUAUUGAUGACGAAUGCAUAACAGAGGGUGCAUGGUCCCACGACCGCGAUGGCAGAUGCGCGCAAGUUGAUGAUGCACGGGAGCUGUUUUUUGCACAGCUGAAGGAUUUACUGGACCGAUAG